CUUCCUGAGAAAACAGAUGAUGCAAGGCAGCUAGCAAAUGAGAGAUAAAAUUGUGUAUACAAGGGAGGACUCUGUCCCAUCCUGCUUCAGAAAAGAGCUGAACUCACUGCACCGCACUGUGUGCUACCGAGUCCUGCAGGACAGCAAAGGCUUGCAUACCACAGCUUGGGAAGAUGAAGUGUGGCAGAAUAUUACUUCUUUUAUGCAUCAUACUGAUGUUGACCUGUUUGGUAUCCUCAUCACCUAUAACAGCCAGUGACCUCCCCCAUUUAACUGGCAAUGAGCCUGCGUCUUCUAUGCAGAUGUCAGUGCUAAAAUUUUCUGCAGGAACAAGUGUGCGGAAACGGUCUUCUAGGAUGACUCCACUUUGGAGGAUGGUGGGCAGCAAACCUCAUGGAGCUUACUGCCAAUAUGAUCACGAAUGCCUCACUAGGAUCUGCAGGUAUAAUUCAAAGCUUGGGGGGCAAGGACACUGUGCAUUCCAAAAGGGAUACGAGUCUUGAAGGCGAUGGAUGAGGAAACAAAACAGUUUUGUUCAGGCAUAGCGACAACAUCAUAUGGCACCAACUGUCCACUGGGAUAUACCUUUAAGCACAGAGAAACUCUUAUUAUGCUUUAUUUAUAGAGCGGAUGGUCAGUACGUGAAAUGUACAGGAUAACCUCUAUGUAUCUAUUGCUCUAAAAUGGGAUUCUCUAAUGGCAGAGUUGGGGUGCUUAAAAUGUAAUCUCUUUAAAAGGCAUAACAGACAGCCAGUUCUAAGACAGACCACUAUAUAUCUCAUUCAUAAAACACUGGUUUACUAGUCUAACUUUUAAAUCUGCUGUUUAUUUGAAGAGGUGGCUAUUUACAAACCCCCUCUUCUAGCGUUGGUUUUGCACUAGACAAUAAUGAAAUCAUUGUGAAACUACUGUCCAAAUGGUUUAGUAUUUUACUGUGACAGUACAAAGUAGUCUUUGCAUUAACAGAAGCAAAAAAUACUUGACAUCUUGUUAGCACUGUUUUAUAUUUUAAUAUUUUUUAUUAAAUUAAGUAGGCAUUACGUUUAAUGAAAAAUUCCUUAUUAAAAUUUUUCACAGUAAUGUAAUAUAAAAAAUUAAAAUAUGGAACUACAUUUGAAGGAGUCAAAUGCAUUUUGGAAGGUUAACUAUAACAACUAUUAGGCAAAAAGCUAAUAAUAUCUAAACAUGAAUAUGACAAUCAGAGCAACUGUAUGCAAUAAAUGUUUAUUUCAUGUA